GGGGAAGCGGCGAGGCCACGCCCACUCGGUAACGGAGCGAGCGGAGCCGCCGGAGCCGCGAGACCCCCAAAAGAGGCCCCAGCAUGAGUCUCCUCCCGGCCGCCGUCACCGCCCUUCAUCUCCUCGUCCUCCUCCUCCUCUUCGUGGCCACCCUGGAUAAGGGCUGGUGGGUGCUGCCGGACGCGCAGGCGCUGAACCUCUGGUACGACUGCGCCCCCCAAAACCUCUCCCAGGGCUGGCAGUGCCGCAGCCUCGGGCUCAGCCCCCUGCUGAGGGGGGUCCAGGGGUUGAUGGUCACCUCCCUGCUGCUCUCGGCCUUCGGCCUCCUCCUCUUCCUCUGGCAGCUGCUGGGGGGUCCCCGCGGGCGCCUCUUCCUGCCCUCGGCCGCUGCCCAGCUGCUGGCAGGUCUGGCGGCGCUGUUGGGGGCGGGGCUGUUCGUGGCCAGCGGUGGCCGUGCCGGUGGUGGCCGUGCCGGGCACUGCCCGGUGCUGGCCGGGCUGGGGGGAGCCCUGGCGCUGGCCAGCGGGGGAGGGUACCUGCGGCUCCGGACACGGGACUGAGCCGGGACACGCCCACCCGGGACACACCCACCCGGGACACACCCAUUGGAUACAGCAACUGGACAUGCCCACCGGGACACGCCCACACGGGACACGCCCACCCUGGACACACC